AUGAUGCGAGAUGCCCUCGCGAUCUCUGGAAAGCUUCUGCGCCGCUCUGUUAAUGACCUGUCCGAGACGCUGGGGGCCGGUAGCUUCGGCACCGUGUUCAAGGGGCUGGACACGGUGACCAAGCGGCCCGUGGCCGUCAAGGUCAUGGAGGAGGACGAUGCAGCUGCCGUCCAAGCCGCCAUGGAGGAGCUAGCCCUUCUCCAGGAGCUGAGGCACCCGGCCAUCGUGCAGGCACUGGCCGUGGAUAAGACCUCAGGGCAACUCCAGAUGGUGUUCGCCUUCCUCGGUGGCGGUUCUCUCGCAGACACCCUGCAAAGACGGGGCGUCUUGGAGCUGGACAUGCUGAGGAAGGUUUGCCGAAUGCGGUUGCCUACCUGCACGGGCUCCGCAUCGCCCACCGGGAUCUCAAGCCCGACAACAUGA